AUGGUGUACGAGACGUAUCUAUAUGAUUUGCUAGCUGUGGCUCCCGAGGCCUCGGGAGACGAGAUAGGCAAGGCUUACAAGAAGCUAGCCUUAAAGUACCAUCCAGACAAAACCAACCAUAACCCUGAGCUUACAGAGAAAUUUAAAGAGGCCACGCGAGCUUACGAGAUCCUUAAAGAGCCUCAUACAAGAAACGUAUAUGAUGCCUAUGGCCCUGAUGGUCUAGACGGCACGGCUGCUGCUAAAGAGGAACAGCAGGCGAGACAGAAUCAGCGCAGAAGAGGACCUACCACACGGUUCCCAUUCCAACAAGACCUAUUUACACAGAUGUUCAAUGACAUGAAUUCUGUUUUCUCGGGUUCUCCGUUUGACCAGCACUUUGGGUUCUUUGGAGGACCUGGACCAUCCAUGGGGAAUGCUGCAGGCAGCAAUAUGAACAUGGGAUUCAAUAUGAAUAUGAACAUGGGCAUGGGUACCGGUGCUGGUGCCGGUGCUGGUGCCGGUGGCAAGCGUGUGGUACGUCCUGCUCCAGCAGACCCUCAGGCCAAUCGAGUCCAGCAGGGUCCAGACAUUCAGCAUACUUUCAAGGUGUCGUUAGCAGAUAUGUACUACGGCCGCUUGGCCAAGUUCCAGCUCGCGAGACGUGCCAAGUGUACUACCUGUGGUGGUGUUGGGGGCCUCAAUCCUCGUACAUGCCGUCAAUGUAAUGGCCUGGGUAGAAUUAUUGUCCAGAUCACAGACCGUUUUACCAGAGUCCAAGAAAUUGGUACAUGCCAGCCAUGUCGUGGUACAGGUAUCUAUACUUCUGCUGCAGACAAAUGUCCCGACUGUGACGGCGGCUUUAAAAUGGAGAAGACGAUUCUCAGUGUUCAGAUUCUCCCUGGUCUGAAGAAUGGCGACAAAUGUAUACUUCGAGGCAUGGCAGAUGAGGGAAGAAACAUUGUUCCUGGUGACGUUGUUAUCCAUCUUCAGGAGAUCCCUCAUCCUUUUCUCGUGAGAAGAAACAAUGACCUAUAUCUCGAGAAGGAUAUCGACUUGAAGACGGCCCUUCUCGGUGGUAGUGUCAUGGUGCAUGACUUCAUCAAUACUGGUGAAGAUCUCAAGAUCUUAGUCAAUGUCCACGGCAAUGACUCUAUGAACGACUCUUUAGAUUCUGAAAUCAAACAUGGAGAAGUUGUUGGCUCAAUCAAUCUGAAUGCGCCAAAGAUAGUCAAGGGCAUGGGCAUGCCUAUCAAUCUGAGUAUCCGUCAAGGUAGAUACUUCCAGAACGACAAUUUAGAAACAAACCAUUCCAGCAUAAAGCGCGGCGACUUAUUUAUUAGAUUCAAUGUCCAAAUUCCAUCAUUGGAUCAAUUCUCCAGCAUCCAAGACAUCGCUAUGCUUUCCAAGAUCUUGCCGGAUAAGCCAGCAGAGCAACCCGGCAGAUCCACCACACACGAACAGCAUCUUUCAAACUUGCCUGAGGCACCUAUAGUAACGGGUUCAAAGGUUCAUUCACCUGAGGAGUAUGAUUAUGACCGCAUUGAAGUUGACAGCCAGGACCUGAAGGAAGAAGAACAAGACGACAUUUUCUACAUGGGUGAAUGGUCAAAAGAAGCAGACGAAGGAAAGAAGAGGCGGAAGUGUAACAGCAGACAGUCGGCUAAGACAGGCGCAAAAGGAUCUGAUCCCGCGACGUUUGGCAAGACUAGUGUUCGCUGUUGA